UCCCCACCACCACAUCGACAACCUCACCGGGCCCGGCCAUGGAUCUGGCAUUCGGCUUCGCUCUAAUCGGCUAUGGCUUGUUGAAGCGUCGCUGGAAACCCAAAACCCCCAUCUCCAUAAACGAACCAUAUCUCCUCAACAUCCCUCCCGAGAUCAGGCUAGUUCUAUACGACUUCCUCUUCAUCCAAGAGAGGCACGAGCGUGCAUGCAAUUUCCUCGUGCCACUCCUCACCUGCCGAUUGAUAUACGAGGAGGCUAAUCCUCUAGCAUUCACUCGCACCAAUUUCAUUCUCCCGCUCCGGAGGAGCUUUGCAGCCCCCCCCGAGUUCUAUAAAGAUGGCCCGUUCCUCAGUCCCCCAAUCUUGAAGCUCUCAGCGUCAAAGCUCGACCUUGUCCGCAAUAUCACCCUCCUCUGGAACUUCCCCUCUCUCGAGCUCCGGUCUCUAAGCCGUCUGUUUUCGGAGCUAGCGCUUUCCCCGGUUCAUCUCAAGCAGCUAACCUUCAUCAUCACGGAUCCUAAAUGUCUAUCUCCAUUUCAAUACAAGUACUCUCCUCUGUUCCCCGAGAUUCGAGACUUUGCAAAGUAUGUGAUGGAGGACUUGCCGUUUAUGCAAAAUGUGGAAAAGAUUGUGUUUAUCAGUCCCGGUAUAGACAACAAAAAGAACUUCCAGCACUUGUUUGACCCGGAAAAGCCCGCGAUAAGGGUAGGGAGUGAUGACCAAGGGCAUUUUGUGGUAGACGUGCAAUCGAAAAGGCUUGGUGGAUGGAAAUACGCGGUGGUGAGGGCAGGGAAGGAAGUCACGAAGUGGAGACUCGAAUUGACGCAUCCAGAUUAAGACGGGCCUUUGAGCGCGCAAGAGGCAAGCAAGGCAAGCGAAUUGUGAUAGUGCCGAGAUAGGUGUGGGUAUGUGUGUUAAGAAUAGAAGGACGUGUUCGGUAUGGAAGGGUGUGUUGUGCUGCAUUUUGCCAUAUAAACCGGACAUAGG